UAAGAAUCAAUAUUAAAUUCAAUAAGAUUGAAAGUUUUUUAUUAAAGUAAAGUAAAGGAAAGCAAAUAUUCAUGUUGAAUUUUAAUUUUGAUCAAAGCUAGAAGGCAAAUGCACUAACUAAUAAUUAGCAGAGCGUAAACAAUCAUGUUUUAAUAGUUUUUUAAAUAGGCCUUUAAAGUAAUUAGUAAUUAGGCUUAAAAAAAUAAAUAAUGAUCAGUUUUAAUUGUUAUCAAAAUUUAUAAUAAUGGCGAAAAUUAAAAUUGUUAUUUUGAUAAUAAAAAAGGAGGGAUAUACACAUUCUUAAAACUAAAAUUACUAAGAAGGAAAUAACAUUUAGGAUAAUUAGUAAAAUGAUUAAGACACCAAAAUAAAUUCUAAUAAAAAGAUAGAAUUUAAAAUGGUGAAUCAAGAAUAUUAGAUAACAAACUUAAAUGCUUUUAUCAGCAAGAGAAAAAUAGAGAAAAUAUGUGAAGAGACAUUUAAAUUUAUAAAAUAAUAGAAAAUAUAAUAGGGAUAGAAGGCUAAAGAAUUGGCUCCAGGAGGAUGCUCAAAUAGGGUCCUACUAAAUUGUUAUGAUGGCAUUUUUUUCAUCUAGAAAAAAUGUAAAAGUGAAUAGGAUGCUUCAAAAGAAAGAGGAUUUAUUAAAAUUCUUUCAGAAGAGGGGAUAACUCUUCCUCUGAUCGAGAGAACUGAAUCAGAUUCAGGAGGUCUUUUUUAUGUUGAAUAAGCAGCUGGCGUCUAAUCUCUUAAUAAUAUCAGAGAUAAUAUUUUAUAAAAGGAUUACUAAAAAAAAUAAGCUUUUAUUCCUUUUGCGAAAUGUUUAAUCGUGCAGCUUUUUGAUAAGCUAAGAAAGAUGCAUGAGAAAGGACUAGCUCACUCUGAUAUAAAACCUGCUAAUAUAGUAAUGGGAUUCGAUAGGUAAUUCUAUCUCAUAGAUUUUGGAGCUUCAGUAGAAAUUUAAGAGUAAAACGAGGAUUAUCUAAAAUGCUACACAGAGAGUUUUAAUACUGUUUGGUAUUUGUAAAAUAGACCUAAAAAAAGAAAGGAUAUAAUAAGAUGUGAUAACUGUUAGCUUUCACUAACAAUAAUUAGAUUACUUAUGGAUAGUAUAUAAGACAAAAAAUUUAAGUAAUUUAAUUAGAUGGAUGAUAAAAAAUUCUUGGAUUUGGUGAGUUAAAUCUUCAAAAAGUUUUAAAGUUAAAGCAACCCAAACGAAAAUAGAGAUUUAGUAAGAAUAUUAAUUUUUUUAUUUUAGUUUGUGCUAGACCCAAAAAACAGUUUUAAUCAAAUAUCUGAAAAAAUAAUAUAAGAAAUAGAAACAUGUUUAGAAGGUGAUGAGCAAAAGAAAAUAUUGAGUUUAGAAAUAAAGCCUCUCUUCCUUUAAUUCGAAAGUGUAUUUCCCUUUCAAGAAUUAGUUGAAUUGUUUUCUAAUAUAGAGGAGAUAGAAAUUGUGCCAAAUUCAAGCCAAAUUAAGAUAAAAAGUAUUACAAUUGAUAAUAUUAGGUAUAUAGAAUUGCUAUCAGAGUUGGGUUACAAAAUAAAAUGUGAAAAUUAUAUAUACAUAUAAUACGACUUAAUUCAAAAAUACUAAUAAUUACAAUAAAAAGCAAAAGAAAAGAUCGCUUAAAAAGGAGAUCUUCUUAACUAAGAGUUUAAUUUAGAGAUUUACGAUAUUAAUCUCAUUUAAAAAGAGGGUAUCUUAGAGAGAAUUAAUAUUUUUGGUAAUAUUUCAGACAAAACUAAAACUGAAAAAAUAAAAUUCAUUUUAGAUGAAAAAUUAGAAAUAAAAUACUGUAAUAAUAAUAAAAUUUAAGCUAAUUAAGAUCAAUUGCUUUAAUCGUUAAAAAGUUUUUUGAAGGAAAAAAUAAAGACAUUUAAUGAUAGCAUGAAAAAUAUAAAAUAGAAAUUUGAAAAAGAAAAAGAAAAAGAAAUAUAAAAAAAAGAAGAGUAAUAAACAAAUUUCAAAAACGAGUUUAAUUGGCUGAUGGUUUAGUUGCCAAAAGAAGUAGAAAUAUAAAUAAAUGAGCAAAAUCUUGCUUGCUUAGAGCAAAUAGUAGCUUUUAAUGAUAAUUUAAAAUCUUUAAAGUUAAAUUUGUCUUUAAUUUAAAACUAAAACUCUUUAAAGCAAUUAGCCUCUAUUUUAACAAUACUUUUAAAAAAGGGAAAGAAAAUGAAAUAUCUUGUUCUCUAAAAUAUUUAAAUAUAUUAAGAAGAUUUUUUGAUGAAUAUUUUACUAGAAGGAUGGUAUUCUUUGACUUUUUCACUGAGUAAAGAAAUAAACCAAAGCGACUUCUAAAAAAUUUUUAAUAAAGUAAAUAGAUUUAAGUCUAAAAAACUUGAAAUUAUAUUUUAAGAAACCUAAAACUUGGAAUAUGUCUGCUCUGAUUUGUUAAACAUUUGUGGAAAAGUUAUAAAAUUAAAAUUAAAUUUCUUAUAAAAGUCCUCCUCCUUGUAGCAAUCAGAUUAAUCUUUUUAAAAAAUCUUUAGUGUUGUACAAAAAAGCUGUGAAAUAUAAAACCUUUAAAUUUAACUCAAAAGAGAAGAAUCAAAUUAAAAAAUAUUAAAUUAAUAAUUAAUAAACUAUUUAAUCAAACAAUAAAGUAUUAAAUAUUUUAAAUUAUAAAUUGAAGAAACUCCAAAAAACUUAGACUAAUAAGAAAUUGAUAAAUAAAUGGAUAGCAUUAUUGAAAAAAGAAAUAGAAGGAGUAGAACCUAAGAUAAUGAGUUUAAAUAUCAUAUUAAAUUAGGUACUGUUGAAAAACUAAAAUCAUAAUAAAAAUUAGAAUCCACUGAAAAUAUUUAAAUACCAAUCAAUAAUAAUAAUUUAGAAAACCUUGAGGAAAUUUCUCUAUAAAAUUUACAACUUGAAAUUUCUUAAUUAGAAAAUUAUUUUUAAUAGAUAUUUUAGAAUGCAAAACUUAAAACUCUGUCUGUUUAAGUAACAAAAAUAUUAGAAAACAAAGAGAAUAGAAAAGAGAAUAAUCAGUAAUAAAUUUUUUAGAUAAAUAAAUUGAAAAAUCUUUCAAUCUUAAAACUUGAUUUUUCUAAGAUAAACAUUUUUAAAUGUUAUCCAAAAAUAAUUUAAUAAUUUUUGAUGUUAAAUCCAAUAUAAUUCAAACAAUUUUCCAUAGAAUUUUAGGAAAAUAUCAAUAAUAACAAUAUAAAAUAUCCCAAACUAAUAUAUUUGAUUGAGAAAAAUAAUUACUAAGCUGACUUUUUAAUAAAUCCGAAUUUUGAUAAUGAAGAUAAUAAUUUUUAAAAAUCACAAAUAGAUUUGUUUGAAAUAAAAAGUGAUUAUUUAUAUUAUAGCGUUGAGUUUAAUAUAACAGAUAAAUUUACAUUUUAAGAUAAAUAGGAAUUAAAACAGAAAGCCAACUAUAUAUUUAAGAAUGCUUUUAAAAAUAAAAUAUAAAAUUUAAAAAUAAUCAUUAAUAAUAAAGUUGAUUACAAUACAUGUGUCCAAAUAAAUUAAGCAUUAAGUAAUUCAUUUUCAUAAAAUUAAAAUUAAUUGAAUAAAUUACUUAAAAUAUAUUUCGAGGUAAAUUUAUAAGAAACGCUACUAAUCAAAGAAUUAAUAUACCAUUUGAAAUUAUUAGAUAGAUCAAUAAAACAUUAAAAUUUCUAAUCUUUUACUCUCAUUAUUUAUGAAAUAAAUGAAGAAAUUUUUUAAAUAUUUAAACAAUUUCAUGAUAAAGUUAUUUUAAAAAUAAAAGAUUUAGAUUAUGAUAAAAAUAAUUUCUAAAGGUUAGUAAAACUUUGUAAUAAUUAAAAAAGUGAUCAACUAAAUUUGCUUUAUACUAAUGAACACCUACAUAACGAAGUCAAAAAAAAAUUAGGUGAUGAUAAAUAUCAAUAAAUAAGCAAAAUAAUUGAAAAAACAUUUGAAAUAACUGAUCAAGAUGUUACUAAUUCAUCUUUAACUUAGAAUUGUAUCUCUGAAAUUGAAGAAAAAAAUUUAAUUUCUGAAAAUUAACACCAAAAAAUUUUAGACAAGUCUUCAGAUAAUAAUAUAUCUAUUGAUAAAAGUGAAGAGAAAAAAUAUUAUUUUGAUAAACUUAAAAUGAUGCAAUAAGAUUUCUAUAUAUUUGUGCCUUACUAUCAAUUUAAGUACUUUCAAAAUGGUGAUCUUGAGCCUAUGGAAAUAUCAAAUAGCAUUGGCAAAUUUACUUUACCGUUGAAAUAAAUUGACUAUCUGGAAAAGCUUUAAAUAUGCAAUUUGGAUAACCCUGAUUUGGAUGAAAUUACUAUAGACUUUUCAUAAUAAGAUAAGAACUUAAAUUACUUAGCUGAUGUAAAGAAGAUGAUUUCUCUGUUUGAAUAAAUAAGUAAUAAAAUAAAAUCAGUCACUUUGAAUUUUUAAGAAGCUCGCUCUGCUUAUUUACAUGCCGAGGCUUUGGAAUAAUUAGAUUUAAUAUAUAAACAUAUUGAAAAAAUGAUAAAUUUAGAAAAACUUAUUAUUUAUACAGAUAAUGAUCAAUUUGAUAGAUAAUUUUAGAUCCAAAAUUUAAAGAAUCUAAGACAUUAUGAAUUGCAAAUACAUAAUGAAAUCAAUAACUAAUUUAUAUUUGAAAUAAUUGAUAAUGUGGAAAAUCACCCAGGUUUGGAAUAUUAUAAAAUUUUCUACUUAUUAGAAAAUAAAAGUGAACGAUCUUUUAUUUCAGAUGAGGAAUUAGAAAUUUAGAUAGAACAGAAAAAUAUAUUUAUUCAAAAUAUCUACUGCAAAACUCAAAUGCACAAUAAAUUUUGCACAUUUAUUCAAAAUAAUAACUAAUUAUUUAACAAAAAAAACACAAAUAAUAAAAUAACUUUGAAUUUCAAAAAAGCUUAAUAUGUUAGUUUCUCAUUUCUUAAAAAAAUCUAUGAAUUUAUAAAAAACCAUUUCUAGUAAAAAUAAAUGGAAAUCAUGUAGUUAGAACUUAAUUUUGAAGAAAGUAUUUUCUUAGACCCAAUAGUUUAAUUCACAAAAAAUUAUCAAAAUAUUAAAUGUACAUUUAAAAAAUAAGACUAUCAUUAGUCUUUUAUUAACAAAAUAAAUGAAAAUUAUUGAUAACAUCAAUACAUAUUUUAUAUUCUUGCAAACCACU